GGCAGGGGGUUGGAGCUCCGUGAUCCUUGAGGUCCCUUCCAACCCGGGCCAUUCUGUGACUCUGUGUGAUUCUGUGCCCAUACUCCUCAAGUACUGAAAGCCUGGAGAUAAGAAACUGGGGGAAGUUUAGCAUUGCUGCGUGUUCUAUCAGUAGAAGUCAGCUUGCUUUUUCCCUUCUGCCAUAAUCCAGUGCUGGUGAAUGAGGUGUUACCCACCCAUCAUCUCCUGCUCGGCUCUGCGAGAGCCAUCCGACUUACAGGAGCAGACAGCACUGCUCUCUUUGGGCUUCUCUCUUUUCUCCUGAAAUGGCCGUGAGAGUGAUAUCUGGGUCAGCUGCCUCCAGCGUGUCACUUUCUUUUGACACUCAUGGCUGUGAGCGUGCUGGAGGAGCGCGGUGGGAAGCGCCGCAGUGGGAUCAGGAGUCGUUAAAGGGGUGCUGUGCUGAUCUGCAUCACUUCGGGGGGAAUCUCCCUGAUGGCUGCUCAGAUGUGCUUUCUUUCUGAUCUCAGCACUGUGUCCCGGCUCUCGGCGUGGGAGCCCCCAUCCGUCCUCAGGGCUGCUUUCAGGUAUGGGGACGUCAGUGGGACACCGUGCUGCAAUGCACGUCCUGAGCGUGCCUACUGGGCUGCCAUCCAGCACGGGGUGGAAGGGGCACCGUGCUGCUCUUCUGUAUAUUUCCAGACCCUGUAACACAUCCCCCCAUCGUUGUGUUCAUUCUUACAGGAAAAGUAGUUUUGCUGCUUGAGUCCCAGCCUCCCCUGUGUGGCACCGAGCGAUGGGUUGGCACCCAGCGGGCACUGAAACACAGCAAUCCUGCUUGAAGAUGUUGGAACAGGUUGUCUAGAGAGCUUGUGGAUUCUCCUUCCUUGGAGGAAACCCAACUGGGCAGAGUCCUGCCGAGCUGCACUGGUUGGUAGCAGUGGGCUGGAUCUGCCUGCCUGGCCACUGCCAGACCUGUGGGUUUGAUGGCUGCACUUGGUGGCUCCUCUCUGUCCCAAAAAUGGAGCAGUGGGGUAUAUCUGUGUAUGUAGCCAGAGCUUGGGAGCCUGCCCUGGAACUCUGUCAGAGUUGUAAUAUGAAAUCAGGAGGUUGAAUCUGUAGUGUCAACUGCCUGAUGGCAAAACAUCGUACAUUUUGGGGGGUAACGUGCAUUGGUACAAGAAAAAUUGGGGGCUGAGCAUCUUUGUAAGUAAAUUAGUUGAAUGGGUGGUUCUGUGUUGGUGUCUGCUCGAUGCUGGGCUUGUGGGCAUGCUCAUCUCGGGAGCGUUGUGGAGAGUGGCUUUGUGUCCUGUGUUGCUCCAUCACGAGGUGUCCAGGUGGGAGCAGCUGCUGGAGAGCACUCCUGGGUAUUUGGAAGUGCGGAGCUGAGUGUUUCUGGUCACAGAAUCAUUAAGGUUGGACAAGACCUCUAGGAUCAUCCUGUCCAACUGUAAUCGUCUUGCAGAAACCCAAUGGAAUCCAUGUUGAGAGGAAUAAGGGGAACUAAGAGCUUGAUCAGAAAUAUUCUGUGGCCCUGAAUCUGUACUGAAACUGUGCUCACUCAAUGGGUUUGUCAUUGGGGUUGGCAGCAGUGGUCAUUUUGAGGAUCUGCUGCUGAUCUGUGGAUGUCAGAAGGCAGUGCUGUUUGCUGGCAGUCCGAGAGCUGGGUGUUGGUCGCAGACCUUCAUGUUUGGCUGUUUGUUCUUGAUGGACUUGAGGUUCAGAUUCGAUCUGAUUGCACAAAGUUGUUGCCCUUUUCAUCCCCUGCUGCAUUACUCUUUAUUUCCAAGUCAUGGAGAGGUGGAUGGGCAGCUCACAUGGCAAGCUGCAGUCCCAGCUUUGGGUUAUGCUGUGGCUCGUUGCCCCCAGGACCAGCUGUUCCAUCUCACAGGCUGUCAGAUAACACCCUGCCUUCUCGUGAAAUCUGCUGACCAGCUUGUUUUCUCCAUUAUUACAUUUCACAUCAUCGGAAUGCCAGCAUCACCUGGGGCUUGCUGCUGAACUUCCUUGUUAUCUCGGGUCUGUAGGAUCCCAGAACCCCACGAGACGGCACAGAGCCGACAGCUCACCUCCACCGCCCUGGAAAUAGCUCUUCCUGGAGCUCCCCGUUGCUGUAGGUGAAGUGAAUGCCAGUUUGGCCAGCACAACACAUCUCCCAAUUCCAUUUGAGUUGUGUCACUGCGGGGGAGCGAUGCUAAAACUGUCACUUGGCUUUCCAUGCUGGCAUUACUGGGGGGCACUCGGAGGCUAUCGGGGGUUCGGCUCUUAUCUGCGAGCUCCAGCUCAUCUCUGAGCUGAAUGCUUGGUGGGUACACGCGUGUUGGCUUUCCAAAAGAUGUGUGUUUGACAUCUUUAUUUUUCUGACAGCACAAGAAUCUGAUUAUUUCUCCACCUCUCUUUAGCCUGCUGUUCUAUUCUGCCCAGAUCUGUGGUUCCAUCGUCCGAGGUGCUGUGCUGGUGAUGGGUUUGGCCAUCGCGUUCUUCCUUCUCGAGUAGUAAAAAUCGAGUGAAUGUAAAUGAGAUUUGAAUGAAUUAUGCUAGUUAUGCAUUCAUCCUAAUUCAAAUCCUAUCUUAAUUAGCCUGGGGGCCUAAUUUUACUUUCACGCAGCAUGAAACCACUUUGGAUUAUCACUGGAAUUGCCAUGCAUUUAUUCUGGACUUUUUUUUCUGAUCAGCACGCAUCUUUUUACACUGCUUAAAAACAAAGCAAAACUAAUAUAUCAUUAAUAAAUUAAUCAGAUUUAAUUAGGGCGGCACAGGAGGGUAUAUUUUAAGGGGAAAAAUGCUGUAAAUCCAUUCCCUGUACCGAGUGCUUCUGCGCCGAGCGUAGGGAUGAGCUCAUGACACAGACACAGAGUGCAGCUCUCCCUCGGAUGCAUUUCUGCCAUAUCUUAAACGAGCUGAAAUUGCUGACGUUCUGCCUUUUUCAGAUGUGUGUCAGCGUCCAUCGGCUUCUCCUUCAAACGGUGGAAGAUUAUUGAGUUAAAUAUUGCCGGGCCGGCAGAUCUGGGAGGCACUCGGUGGACGUGGGGUGAAGGCUGCUGCCGUGUGUCUGGUCCUGCAGCACAUCUGCGAAGGCAGAGCUGCUCUCUAGCUCAGAAACUGAAGGAUACAACCAUGUGAAAUUCAGAAUUCUGCAUAUGACUUCCUUCUUUCCUUCUAAUUAGAUUGAGAUGGACGUUUCCAGCGGGACAGCGGGUUAAUGAGAGGUCGUUCCAUUGAACCCAAAGGUUUCCUUACAGACAGAAGGUGCUGCUGGGAGAAGCAGAGCUGCUCAGCAGCUUCAAAUCUGAGCAUUGAGAGCCUCCUAAUCAACGCACGCCGUUAACGCACAGCUGAUAAGCCUUGCGCUGUGAAGGCUGUGGUUAAUCUGAGUGUCAAGUCUGCGCUGUCAGUGUCUGUAGGUGAGCUGUGAUCUCUCAUUUGUGUAAUCGCUGGCAGUCAGAACAGGAAACGAUCUCCGUCCUGAAGAGAGUUCAGGGAGUGGUUCACAGCCCUGCCUGUUUUCCUGCUCCGUUUCUCCCCACGUUCCCCACAGAAACAAAUGGAGCUCUGAUCUCUUUCAGGCAUCUUCCCCUUUCUUCAGAUGGACUCGAGGCUGACGCGUUCGCUCUCUGACGUCCUGCCACUUCUGAAGGAUGCACACACCGGCACGGCGUGCCGUCUUGCUAACGAGGAGGUAAAAUAAUUUGACCACCAUGAGUUGGAGCUUUCUGACCCGUCUCUUAGAGGAGAUCCACAACCACUCCACCUUCGUUGGCAAAAUCUGGCUGUCAGUGCUGAUCGUGUUUCGGAUCGUCCUGACCGCCGUGGGAGGCGAAUCCAUUUAUUAUGAUGAGCAAAGCAAGUUUGUGUGCAACACGGAGCAGCCCGGCUGCGAGAACGUCUGUUAUGACGCUUUUGCUCCUCUUUCUCACGUGAGGUUUUGGGUGUUCCAGAUCAUCCUCGUCGCCACUCCGUCCGUCAUGUAUUUGGGCUACGCCAUCCACAAGAUCGCCCGCAUGGUGGAGCACAGUGACGUCGACAGAAGGUUCAGAAGCAAAAGCUUUUCGAUGCGCUGGAAACAGCACCGAGGCUUGGAGGAGGCCGAGGACGACCACGAGGAGGACCCGAUGAUGUACCCAGAAAUAGAGCUGGAAAGCGAACGGGAGAACAAGGAGCAGCAGCCCCCCGCCAAAGCCAAGCACGACGGGCGGCGGCGGAUCCGCGAGGACGGGCUGAUGAGGAUCUACGUGCUGCAGCUGCUGGUGAGGGCGACGUUCGAGGUCGGCUUUCUGGUUGGUCAGUACCUCCUGUAUGGCUUCGAGGUCAGCCCCGUGUUCGUGUGCAGCAGGAAGCCCUGCCCCCAUAAGAUAGAUUGCUUCAUUUCAAGGCCGACCGAAAAGACCAUCUUCCUGCUCAUAAUGUACGGGGUGAGCUGCAUGUGUUUGCUGUUGAACGUGUGGGAGAUGCUGCACUUGGGGUUUGGCACCAUCCGGGACACCUUGAACAGCAAGAGGAAAGAGCUGGAGGACUCUGGGACCUACAACUACCCCUUCACCUGGAACACACCCUCUGCUCCCCCCGGCUACAACAUCGCCGUCAAACCCGACCAAAUGCAGUACACCGAGCUGUCCAACGCCAAGAUGGCCUACAGGCAGAACAAAGCCAACAUUGCCCAGGAGCAGCAGUACGGCAGCAACGAGGAGAACAUCCCCGCCGACCUGGAAAACCUGCAGAGGGAAAUCAAAGUGGCUCAGGAACGCCUGGACAUGGCCAUCCAGGCGUACAACAACCAAAACAACCCCAGCAGCAGCUCCAGAGAGAAGAAGUCCAAAGCAGGCUCCAACAAAAGCAGCGCCAGCAGCAAAUCGGGGGACGGGAAGAACUCUGUCUGGAUUUGACCUUGGCUGAGUUUAUAUGUUGUCUUUUUCUCACAACCAGCAACCCGUUGAGUAAUGGCUUCCAUUAAGUAAAUAUUUGGUUCUGCUUAUUUUCAGGGAUGCUGUUGGCUAGCGAUUCCAGCUCUAAGAAAGUGUUUAUAUGCGCACUGUAGGACUGUACAACUUUAUUCUUCUGCCUUCCAAGCCAGGAGACAAAUAGGUAUAUUUAAAUCAUUCUCAUUGAAGGGUUUACGCUGUAUGUACAGUAUUAUCGUACAUUUAUUAUGCACAAUUUUUGUAUUUGUACACUGGAUCUCUGAAGUUACCCUUUUUUAUACGAAAGGAGAAAACUGUAGGUAGCUGUCAGCAUUUUGCUCCUUUUAUUACUGUGGUUCGUCGUCGUUUUCUGUUUGUUUUCAGUGUCAGAACUUUCUAUGCUGCAUUUGAGAAGUGCCUUGAACACACAGCACCAGGGAGCCAGAUCUGCUCCCUUAGAGCAGGGGGGGGGUCAGAAACGUCUGCUGAUGGUGCUCCUGACUGUACCUUCUAUAAAAAUGAUGUGCUACCUACAAAUGGAAGUGUCACGCUGUGGCUGUUAUGUGCUACGUUUCUUUGUCCCGUGGAAAAUGACUUGUAAUUCCACAUAUUUGCAUAUUUAAGAGGUUUCUGAGGUCUCUCGUUACGUAACACCCUGCUCCAAACGUCCCAUAGCUGCCUAUAUGGGGGCCACCACCUGCCUGUCUCACCCAGAUGUCCCUGUGUCCCUUGUCCCCUGGGGUCACUGGGACACUCAUUCCCCUGGUCCCUUUUGUCCCCCUUGUCCCUGGUCCUCUUUGUCCCCUGAGGUCGUUGGGAUGCUCGUUCCUUCGCUCUCUUUUGUCCUCGCCCCGUGCCCCUUCUGCCCUUGUCCCUGUCCUGUGAGGUCAUGGAGAUACUCCUUCCCCUUAUCCCGUUUGUCCCCCUUAUCCCAUGGGGUCAUUGAGAUGCUUGUUCCCCUGGUGCUGUUUGUCUUCCUUGUCCCAUGUCCCCUGUCCCAUGAGAUCAUGGGGAUAUUCGUUCUUCUGGUCCCAUUUGCCCCCCUUGUCCCCAUGUUCCCUUGUUCCCUGGGUCUGUUUGUCUCUUGGGGUCGCUGCGAUGCUCAUUCCUGUGUUCUCUUUAGUCCUCCUUGCCCUCUGUCCCUUGUCCCCUGUUCUAUGAAGUCUUGGGGACACUCAUUCCCCUUGUCUCCAUGUCCCCUUGUCUCCUGAUUGCUGUCCCAAGGUCAUGGGGACACUCGUUCCCCGUGUCCCUUUUGUCCUUCAUGUCGUCUGGUCCCUUGUCCCCUGUGGUCACUGGGAUACUUGUUCCCCCGAUCCCAUUUGUCUUCCUUGUCUCCAUUUGUCUUCCUGUCCCUUAAGGUCAUGGGGGUUUUCAUUCCCCUGGUCCCAUUUGUUCCCAUGUCCCCUGGUCCCACGGGCUGUUUGAGAUGCCCAUUCCCCGUGUCCCCUUUGUCCUUAUGUCCCCUGGUCCCUCACUGUGUGUUUUCAUCCUAUGGAAAACGCCUCAUAACUCAUAUUUACAUAUUGAAGAUGUUUCUGUGCUCUCUCGUUGCAUAACACCCCGCUCCCCGGGGCUCCCAGUUGUUCCAGUCCCUUUUGGGGCAGAUUGCUGUGUUUCCAAAGCAAUGUGCUUGGAUGGACUCGUGGUCACUCUGCUCUGUGGCAGCCCUGCUCCCCCGGCCCCACGCACACACGCUGUGUGUACAGGUCUUUACAAAACCCUUCUGACUAUAAACAACAAUGCCUUAUCCCUGACCCCUCUUCCUCCUGUCACGUCCGAGGGGCCGAGUUCAGACGGAGCAAUAAAUGCACCGCUUCAUUUCUGCUCGAGAGGCCGGUCAGAUCCGCGGCAUUCUGCAGUUUUGGCAUUCAACUUGAAUUUAUAAUUAGAAAAAAAAAAGGGGGGGGGGGGGGGGAAUGCAGUAUUUACUGCCCCUGGCAGUGUCUUUUUGGCCACGAUGAGCAUUCACAUCUGAGGGACGCUGAGAAAUGCCUGCUUUCUGUUGCUCUGUGUCACGCUUUGGGACUUUGCUCCGUGUGCUCCGUUCCCCGGCAGUUCCAGCGGUGCAAGCAGUGCGCCCCUGCUUUGAGACGAGGCGCUCCUUGCAGGGGAGGUGUGUGGCAGCCCUCUGCUGGGGUCUGUGGCUGCAGUUGGUUUCAAGGCUUCGGGUUUGGCUCCUUUCUCCUGAAGAAAUGAUAAUGCAUUACUUGAAAAUGCUCCUUGCUCUGGCUUGAUGCAGGCCAUCCUGAAAUAAACGCUCAGAACAGAUCUUGGACCAAAAAAAAAAAAAAAGAAAAGAAAAAAGAAAAUGAACGUACCUUGAGUUUGUUAACCUCUGGUUUUGUCUAUUAAAUGCAGUUCAGAAAA